GCUUUUGCCUUCAGAUUUGUGUAGUUAAAAUUUGGAGUUCAUUUCAAUGGAUGCGUUUUGAACAAGGCGGGAAAUUUCACGAAAUACGAAUUUGGAUUUUAACCCUUUAUCUCUCUCUCUCUCUUGAGCACAUGCUUUAAUAUCAUCAAUACGUCUAUCUACACUCCUGCUAGAUUUGCUGUAAACAUCUUGUUUAGGGCAAACAUAUGCAGAAUCAUCACUAGGGUAUAACCCAAAUCUCAGUUUUACCCAGAAUCCAAUCUCCAAGGCAACAUGGUAGAGGUUGCAGCUCAGAGAUCCUUAACUUCGAAUACUGUCCAUUUUGGUGAUGAGGCUUCGAAUUUCAUUGCCGUUAAAAGAAAGACACCUUCAGAACUGAGGGGGGAGCAGUUGAGGCGGAAGAAAAUUGUGGAACUUGUAGAUGAAUCUCCACCUAUUUCACUGCCCUCCUUAAAGGCUAAUUGUGGAUCAAUACCUGGACUUGAUAAGCCGGAUUUUCAAAGGAAUCCAAGAUAUGUAAACACUCGCGUGGAUGAAGUAUUUCCUGUAAGGAAAAGUAGUAUUCAGCUUUCUGUGCUAUCUGCAAAACAAACUGAUAAGAAAAACAAUGGUGUGGAGAUUAAUAGAAAUCUGAAGAGUUGUAAUUCUGCAGUUUUAGCGGGAAAUGGUCAACCACACCUUUCACACAGAGGGGAUACUCUUGCUUUCACAGCUACCAUGGGGGUUACUGUCCGAGCUUGUAAUACAGAAAAAUGCGGUGAAAGUACAUUCCGCACCGUUUCUGAUCUUUCAUUUAAUGGAGAAAAGCUGCCUGGCAUGGCCUCAGUUGAUUUGGAAAAAGCUUUUAAAGGACUGGGUGCACCCGAACCUUUGGCUCCCAUAUCAAAUAGUACCUCAGAAAACUCAAGCUCUGAAUUCCAUGUCCAUGGGAAGAAGACUCCAUUGGACUUUACAUUGAAGACUACGAUGCGAGUGCUGUCAUCUUCCCCUGUCAAUUGGUUUCACAGGUUAGUAAAUAGUGGUCCCUGUUAUAGCUUGCCUGAACUUGACUCCGAAUUUGGUUGUUCUGGAUCUGAAAAGGCAAACCCUAGAGCUCUACACUCAUGGGUCUAUCCAGAUUCUUCUCUUCCGCCUUCUAUCAUAUUGAUGUUAAAAACAUCUACAUUUCAAGGAGUGCAAAUGGAUUUCUUGAGCAAACGGCAAUUGUCAUGGGAGGCAUCAUUUCGAAGUCUAUACUACAUGCUUCGAAAAAGUAUUUGUAACAUUUUCUACGUAUGCACUGGACAGUUUGUGCUAAUGUUCACUGGUGAUGGUUCCGUGAAAGGACUGCGUACAUGCCAUGCAUAUAUGUCUCGCUCCACACGAGGAUUAAGGUCACUGUUGAAAGAACAUGAUAUUUGUUUCUCUAUGCCACUUUGCCGUUCCAAAGUUGAUGAAGCUACUACUGAAGACUUGGUUGAGCUCUCAGAGAUGGAGAAGCAUAAUCUUGGCCAGAUUCGAUGGUUCAAAUCCACGUCUGAUGUUGAUAAUAGCGAACAAUCUGUGCUUGCUUUUACUGGCAAUAAAAAUGUACAUGGUUUAUUUGAUUUUCUUUUAAAUUACAGACACCUAUUAAAGUCUUUGUCCAGUGAUGAUCUUCCUGUGUUGUAUUCCCCAGUUCCAUUUCAGAAUGCUACUUUUUCUGCUCCUGAGGUUAGAUGCAAAGAAGUGAAAAGUGCAGACAGUGUGGCACAUCCUCUCAAGGAAUCCAUCAUGAACGAAGGAACAUGUCAGGCUUCACCUACGGGUUUCGUUUAUAGCAUUGAAAUAAAAAAUACAUAUCUUCCUCCAUGGGUAAUAAGCAGCGUGUGUGAAAUCAUGAGUGCCAAAACAACUUCUUUUGAAGCUAGUUUUGUUACCAUACCCGCUUCAAGUGGAUUGAAUAUUGUUCUUGACAGCAUCUUGAAGAAAUCUGAUACUGUGAGCAGUCAUGAAGAAGAAAGCAGGCAUGUUUUUAAUGUACCAAAUGCCUUUCUUUCUCCUAAGUUGUGUCAUGCAUCCUUAAAGUGUUUGAAGUACAGAGAUGGUUCUUAUAAUGCAACUGUUUCACCACUCUGAUUAAAAGAAAAUAAUAUCUUGUUAGGAUUUGUAUUUAACCUACACCUCCCAUUUUAUUUGCAUAUUUGAAGAUGUUUUGUGGGUUUUAUCUC